UUUACAUAUCAUAGGGCCUAUCUAGAAACACAUGUAUUUGUUUCACUGAAAGUGGCGCAUUUGUGUUGACGUUCGUCAUCUAAUAAAGAACACAUUCCUUCAAAAUGCCUAAUAUCAAAGUAUUUAGUGGUUCUUCUCAUGCAGAUUUAGCACAAAAAAUUGCUGAGCGACUUGGAAUUCCGCUUGGAAAAGUGGUAACGAAAAAAUUCAGCAAUCAGGAAACGUGUGUUGAAAUCGGCGAGAGUGUCCGUGGAGAAGAUGUGUACAUUGUCCAGAGUGGUUGUGGAGACAUCAAUGACAACUUAAUGGAACUUCUCAUCAUGAUCAAUGCCUGUAAAAUUGCUUCAGCUCAUCGUGUCACUGCUGUUAUUCCGCUCUUUCCAUAUGCCAGACAAGACAAGAAAGAUAAAAGUCGUGCCCCGAUAUCUGCAAAACUUGUUGCAAAUAUGCUGUCUGUUGCUGGUGCUGAUCACAUAAUUACCAUGGACUUGCAUGCUUCACAAAUCCAGGGAUUUUUUGACAUUCCUGUGGAUAAUUUGUAUGCCGAGCCAGCUGUUCUCAAAUGGAUCAGAGAUAAUAUUCCUGAAUGGAAGAACAGUUGUAUAGUGUCACCAGAUGCAGGAGGAGCAAAAAGGGUUACCUCGAUUGCUGAUCGUUUGAAUGUAGAAUUUGCUUUAAUACACAAAGAGCGCAGGAAGGCCAAUGAAGUAUCAUCUAUGGUACUCGUGGGAGACGUAAAGGACAGGGUAGCCAUUUUAGUUGACGACAUGGCAGAUACGUGUGGUACAAUAUGUCUAGCUGCCGAAAAGCUUCAGGAUGCCGGGGCCUUGAGGGUUUAUGCCAUCUUGACUCAUGGCAUUUUCUCCGGUCCAGCUAUAUCCCGCAUCAAUAAUGCUGUGUUUGAGAAUGUUGUCGUCACCAAUACAAUUCCCCAGGAGGAGAAGAUGAAACAAUGCAGUAAAAUUUCGGUAAUUGAUAUAUCUAUGAUCCUGGCCGAGGCUAUCAGGAGAACGCAUAAUGGAGAGUCCGUCUCUUAUCUUUUUAGCAACGUACCUAUGUAAAAUGAAGGACCUUUCAUCCUGGUCUAUGUUAAGACUAAAUCUGUGGUACUUUGUAUCAAGUUUUUGUACAUUUUUUCAGGGUAGGUGCUGUUUGUAACAAGGAUGGUAGUUCUAUACAAACAUGCUUUUGUUUAAUGCAUUUUCAAUUAUUAUUAUAGUUCAUUUUCAAUUAUUAUUAUAGUUCAGUAUUUCCUAUUCUAUAUUAUAAAAAAUAAAUGUAUUCAAAUGCACAUAUUUAUGUACUGUCAAUUUCUAGUCAAAAACCCACACAUUAAGAUUUAUAAUCUGGCCUUAAAAUUGUGCAGAUCUGUGAUGGUGGAGGCAAGUUCUAUUUUUAAUAUCAUCUGUAAUCAAGCAUGAAAAGCUAAAUACUGCACAAAAAAAUUAUAACUAUGAGUAUUUUUAUCUAAGUUAUUUGUGUUUAUAAGAAAAAAAAGCAGUUGCGAGUUAAAAAUAAUUAUAGUGAAAAGAUAAAAAAAAAACCCCUCAAUUCUUGCCCAAGUAGGUGUGUGUUGCCUCAUGCAAGAAUGCCCUAUCUCAAUUACAUAUCUACUGAGCUUAUGCUUACUAUAAGCAAAAAUAAUGAAGUUCAUUCCAAACUACUAAUGUACAAAAACAUAUCAUGUGUAUUUUAUUGUGGAGUAGGGCUGUGCAUGGGAAGAAAAUAUGACUUAUGACAUUUCGCAUUGACCAUUUUGCUUAUUUUCAAAAAUAAGUAUCAACUAAAUUAUUCUGAAGCUUGGAGAGCUAUAAUAUCAGUUGAAAAGAAAAUUAGAAAAACAUGAUUAUUCUCUGCUGUAUGCUGUCCAUGUAAUAGUGUGAGCUUGUGUAAAAUUUGGAUCUUGAUGUUACUAGAAUUCUCCAAGUUUGCAAGAUUUGAGCGUAAUACUGUAUUUUAUUUUACAGAGCUUAAAAAAGAUGAAAUAUUUUAUAC